UCGUUCUUACAAUGUCAUGCAUAAAACCUAUAAAAUACCACCCCUUUAACAUCAUUCUCUUCAUCUCUACGUAUACUAAUUAAGUAGAGCUAUAUGAAACAAUAAUAACAUGGCAUCUACAUUAUUCUCCAAAUCCCUAGUCCUUUUCCUUGCCCUCAAUCUUCUCUUCUUCUCCCUCGUCUCCGCUUGUGGAGAAUGUGGAGGUGGAAGCGGUUACCCUAAGCCCAACCCCAAACCCAGCCCCAAACCUAGCACACCAUACCCUGGAAGCGGCGGAACCCCAGGUAGGGGUUACCCAGGAUCUGGAGGCACCCCCUCAACCGGAGGUGGAGGUGGAGGUGGAGGAGGAGGAGGAGGAGGAGGAGGAGGAGGUGGUGGUGGUGGAGGCGGGGGUGGAGGCUCAUCAAUUGGGGCUUGCCCAACUGACGCCCUUAAAUUGGGUGUGUGUGCAAAUGUGCUAAGUGGUUUGCUCAACCUUAACAUUGGUACACCACCAAAGACACCAUGCUGCCCCCUCAUUCAAGGGCUCAUCGAUGCCGAGGCUGCUGUAUGCCUUUGCACUGCCAUUAGGGCUAACAUCUUGGGCAUCAACUUGAACAUCCCUCUCUCUCUUAGCUUGCUUGUUAACUACUGCGGCACCAAUGUUCCUCGGGGCUUCCAGUGUCCUUAAUAAUUAAGUGACUAGCUUUAAUAUGCCAUAUACCAUCUUACGUGGCCGUGUCCAUUAUUAUUUUGACGAGUCGUCUUAAUCUAUAACGUCUAGCUUGAUCUAAUAUGAUGUACUACUAUUGUAGUUGACAUCAAAAAAAUGAAUAAGCGAUGGCAUAAUGGUUAACUUCUUGUUUCCAUUUAAUUGCCACAUUGCAGUAUAGUACUUCGUAUUUAAUUACCAUUUAUCAAUUUUUACUAUUGUGUAUGAGUA